AUGGCCGAAUCUUCUUCCUCAAGCCUGAAAGGCGACCGAAGAUCACAUCGAUCCUGGACAAUCUCAGCUGAGUCCAGUGCAAUCGAGAGCAAUGGUCGAUCGUCCGUGGAUUCCAACACCGAGAGGCCGAAGACACAAGGUGGAGAACCGGCAGAUCCCAACAGGGCUGGUCCCAGUGGGUUUUCAAAGCUGCUCGAAGCACGUCGGAGGCGAAAGAAGAAUAAGAAUAAAAAAGGUGACGAGCCGCCAGUGCCCAGUGUUCCCCUAGACCACGAUCUACAAGGAAGCCGAUCCAACGAAUCUCGCGAUGGAACCUCUGCAGGUAGCUCGUCCGUCGCUGAAAGUGCUGCAGCACCGGAAGGAGAAGUCACCAAUCUACUAACGGAUGAUUCUGAGCCGGACAGAACUCCGCCGCUCACCUCCCAUAACUCGCAUACUGGAUUUUACACCUCGUCAUCCCCAUUGAUCAAGACCACCUCGGUAGAUGCCGCGGACACCGAAGGUUCACAAGCUGAUGUCGAGUCAGCAAUCAGCGGUCCUAGUGCAACUGGGUCAGACUCGAACCAGGGUGAACGGCAAUCCAGGCGCCCAACACAAUCUAGCCUUGCAUUGGAUGUCCCCAGCGAUCCAAAUAGCAAGCGACGCAGUGCGUCUCCUGGGAGACGGUUCAAGGAUGCUUUCAGCUCAGACAAGAAGGCAUCUACCGAUGAGCCCGACACUUCGUCAACCAAGUCUGGGGCAAAUAAAAGUGGGCGGAGUCUGUUCGGGGGCAGCCGGCGAAGCAGUCUCUCAUCUAAACGAGCUCAGGCGGCUCCCGAUGAAGCUCCUCCGAUGCCAGCAUCAAUUCGCACUGAUCUGAUAGAUGACAAGCCUCGUUCGCUCCAAGCGAGCCCCAUGCCAAAUACCCCUCCCCAUACCGCCAUUCCGGCCCCAGCUACAACAGUGACUCCUCCCACCCCCACUGAACACCACCCUCUCAACUCGCAAAUUAUGUCCAACGAUGUAACAGAUUCACCAGAGUCUAUAAAGUCUAGAAACUCCAUAUCCUCCGGAACCGGAGUCACCACCGUCAGUCCGUCUGGCAAUAUGAUAUCACAUCGUCGCGUACGAUCGGCUUCCGCAGCUCAUGGUCCGAGCAAACUAUCGAAUUCAGUCUCAGUAUUGACACCUCUGGACGAAAAGGCCCCUGGCGCAAAGACCCCAAACCCUCAGCAAAGCGGCUUUUUCUCUUCUGUAUUUUCGGUUGCCCAAAAUGCGGCUUCUUCGCUAAGUAACAGCCUGAACGCCCAGCAGAGGAAUCGCCCCAACUCUCAAACUACUGCGGCUGAUCUUGAUCAGACCCCCGUCGAGGGUCCUUCAGACGAGGUAGAAUUGACUUCCGAAAAUGGAAGCAAGAGUGACGAAAGCAAGCCUUCUGCCGUCGAGACUCUUGGCGCAGGAGACCUUAACUUCAGUCACCUCGAAUUCGAUGCACAGCCAGGUCAUGUUAUCUCAACCACCGACGGUGUCGUGAUCACGAAACCCGGCACUCCACUUGACAAGCGCAAGAACACUGCUGUCUUUCAGCGGGAUGAGGCGGCUGCCAAGCUUGAAGACCAGCGUGCGGCGCGUGCUGUUCAGGUAGCCUAUGAACGGCCCCCUGAGCUAUCUUUGAUAGGCCCGCCUGUAGACGAAGUUCUGGAACUUCAGUCUACAAGUUCGCUUCCGAGAGAUCCUCCAAUGAUGGGUGAUCAGACUCCUCCUAGUGGUAGUAUCCUCGAUGGUGACCUCACAAGUGGCAUCAAACGGAGUGGGAGUGUACGCAGCAAACUUGCCCGGCGUCAUCGGGGCUCAUCUGGAGCAACAACCUCGACUAUCGGAGCAGCUGCCGCUAAUGCCAUCGCAUUGGGUGCCCCUGGUGCCAACGCGAGUGUACCUCGAUUAACUGGCUUUGCUGUUGCAAGUAAGAAGCGCAACAGGGACUUCCACCAGUUGUUCCGAAGCGUGCCUGAAGACGACUAUCUGAUUGAAGAUUAUAGUUGUGCGUUGCAGCGUGAAAUCAUUCUUGCUGGCCGUAUCUACAUCUCAGAAGGCCAUAUUUGUUUCUCCAGUAACAUAUUAGGAUGGGUUACGACUCUUGUGAUCAGCUUCGAUGAGGUUGUUGCAGUCGAAAAGGAGAACACUGCGAUGGUCUUCCCCAAUGCGAUUGCCAUCCAAACCUUGCACGCCCGCCAUACAUUCCGAAGUUUGCUCAGUCGUGAAUCUACGUAUGACCUUAUGGUCAACAUUUGGAAGAUAAACCAUCCGUCCCUCAAGAGCUCGGUGAAUGGAACCCGUGUCACUGGCACCGGUGACAAGACAGAAAAAGUUGAAGAUGAGGGAAGUGACUCCGAGAGCGAAGUCUCCGAUGAAGAUGAAAUAUACGAUGAGGACGAGGAAGGAGACAACAACGACAGUUUCUUCGAGGCUGGCGGAAGUGCCAACGCCAGUGCAACAUCUUUGCCGGUGAGAGCUGGUCUAAGCCGCAAGGCAUCGAGCCUAUCCGCAAAUGCCGCGAUGCCUACGUCCGGAACAGUUACUACCAGCGCUGCAAAGAACGGUGAUAAGAGUUUCUCCAAGGAUGCACCUCCUGAUUUCCCUGGCCCCGUUACACAUGCACCUACGGAAUACGUCGAUCCCAAUGGACAAUACGAAAAGGUCAUCAAAGACGAGACCAUCGCCGCACCCCUUGGCAAGGUCUACUCUUUGGUCUUUGGUCCAGCAUCUGGCGAGUUCAUGACCAAGUUCCUGGUGGACAAUCAGAAAUCCGGGGAACUGCAGUUCGAAAGUACGGCGAAGGGACUGACGAAUGAAAGUCCCAUCCGGAAGUAUUCGUACAUCAAGCCUCUCAACGGCGCCAUUGGCCCGAAACAGACCAAGUGUAUCAGUACCGAGAACCUGGACUUUUUAGAUCUCGAAAAGGCCGUUCUCGUUACGCUGAGCACUCAAACACCUGACGUCCCCAGCGGAAAUGUUUUUGCUACCAAGACGAAAUACCUUUUCACCUGGGCUGCAGACAACAAAACUCGCUUCCUCAUGACCUGUACCAUUGAGUGGACAGGUAAAUCUUGGUUAAAGGGUCCGAUUGAGAAGGGCGCUAUCGACGGCCAAACAACUUUCGGUAAUGAUCUCGUCAAAUCUCUCAAUGCCGGAGUUGUUCCUCGCGGACGUCCAAACGGCGCUGGACGCGGCAAAGGUCGCCGCAAGAAGGGCGAGGAUGCAGGCCGAGAGUCCACCGCAGCUGCGUCAUCGAAGGUAACUAUGGACUCCAACGCCGGAAAGAGCGAUUCCUGGGGACUAUUUGAACCAGUUCGCCCCUUCCUAGAGCCGUUCGCCAGUCUCCUCGGUCCGCUAUGGAGCGGCAACGUCGCUAUCAUUCUCAUCGGCAUCUUGCUCUACCUGGCCUUCUUCAAAUCGUCUUCGUCCUCAUCUAUGCUCUCACAUGAAGUUGGCUGCCCUGGUUACAGUUUACCUCAGAGACUGGCUGCAUACGAGGAGAUGUGGCGCCGUGAGGAAACUGAACUCUGGAACUGGUUGGAAGACCGUGUCGGCAUGGAUGGAAUGGUCUUCCCCAAUGUAUACCGUGCGCCCGACCCACACCCACCUCGCAGGUCAUCUGGAGGCAAUGCGGCCGACGAGCGUGAGCUAGCCUCGAGACUUCGUGAGGAGAAGGUCUCGGACCGUGAAAUGGACCAUGCUAUCCGCACCACGCGCCAACGCCUCGAUGUUCUUGAGGAGAUGAUGAACAAGCGCAAGACUCAAUGGGAGAGUGACGAGCCAAUUCGGAAAUCCGAAUUGUAA